GUAGCCUAUGGCUGCUUCGCGUCCAUGGCCCAGUCGGCUCUGAACGGCCGAGGCGACGGGCGCCGACUUGCUGACCCAAUCGACGCUUGCUGCACGCCAGGCUCUAUCUCCGAAUGAGAGGGAUGCCUCAGUCAAGAUCCACCAAACAAGUGUGGUUUCGUGAUAAUUAAGUAAUCCUUGUUGCAGAGACUCUCAGGUACAUAAGAUGAUGACAUUCACCAGUUCCGCACCUCAGGUGCCUGGUGGUCACUGAUGACAGCGGGAUGUUUAUCGGCUCGAAUUUGUGAACUGGCAAGAUGUCGAGCGAUGUGAUCAACUUCAACAAGCCGUGCAGCGCCUGUCGCCGCCGCAAGGUUCGGUGCGACAAAGCUCAGCCAUGCAACAACUGUAUCCGCCACCGGGUUUCCUGCGUCUAUGAAGCGCCGCGGGAGUCCGUCAUGAGCCAGCAGGUGCUCCAAGACCGAGUGGAAAGGCUGGAACGCCUGGUGGAAGACUUGACGGCCUUUUCGCUCUCCAAUCAUGGAUCCCAGCACGUUCGAAGGAAUUCGUCGUCUGCGACCAGCCCAUUUAGCAGCUUCGACGACUACUCGGAUAUCCCCGCCGACGCGGGGAACCAAGUUUUCGGCCCCGGAAACUCAUAUCAUAUGGGGCCCGAUUCUUGGAUGAAUAUGGACCAUCUCGGCUACUCACCACAUCACCUUCUGAAUAUGUGUUCUGAAGACGACGCCGAGCAACGAUCCACCUGGACAAUGUCCCUGUCGCACCCACGGCCCAAGGACAUGUCUCAUUUCCACCUUCCUGUUUACAAGGAGGAUGUCAUGAUUCACAUGUUUUUUGACCACGUCGAACCCUUUAUUCGUAUCAAUCACCAGGGCUAUUUUUGGCAGCUGGUCGGCGAGUUCCGCGCUGGAACCUGUGUCUCUGGCCGAGAGGUCGAGUCGCUCAUGUUCGCCACGCAAUAUAUCACCGCGUCAGUGCUUCCAGCGGCUCUCAUCCAGGAAAAGCUGGGCCUUGUGAAAUCGGAUUUGAUCGACCACCUCCAGAGAGCGACGGAAUUUACUUUCGACCAAGCAAAUAUCAUGAGAAGCCGAAGUACAGUGUUGUUCAACGCUCUUCUGUAUUACAUUACUUGCCAGUUUCAUACUGGAAACUGCGAAGCAGGUUCCACCCUCCUUGGCCUUGCCAGCAGCAUUGCCAGGCGGAUCGGUAUGCACCGAGACCCAGCUUAUUACGGCUACACAGCAUGGUGCGUCGAGAUGAGACGCCGGAUGUGGGGCCACCUCGCCGCCCUCGAUGCACAGGCUUGCAACGCAGACGGGUCCGAGUCGGUUUUGAUGUCGCUGAGCGAUGUCCAGCGUCCUCUCAAUGUAAAUGACUCCGAGUGGAAAACCUCUGCGCGAGGGGAUCCUGGACCAAGGGAUCGGGAAGGGUUUAGCGAUGCUGCCGCGGCCCUGAUUAGGAGAGAGAUCUCCCGGGCUGCUCACAACAUCUCCGAGGCUCGAAAAACAGCCACAAACUGCUACGAUCUGGUGGCUAUCAUUGAAGAGACGACAAAAUACGUCCAGCUCAAGUUUCUGCACCAUUUCGACGGUUCGGAUCCGGUGCACCAUGUUAUGACGAAAUGGUACAACGCCAUGAUCAAGUCGUUGACCGUUUCGGUUCUAUACCUGCAUGCAUCGCCGUCACGACCAAAGCUUCAUUGUCAUUUAUUCGAGCAACUGCAGAACCGGCUUUACGAUGACUGCCUUGCCUGUCUGGAGGAAUUUUCGCAGGGAGAAAAGGCCGCGACCGAGUAUCACUGGCAGUGGGCCUUCCGAUGGCCAAUGCCACUUCAUGUCGUCGCUGGACUUCUCUCUGGUCUGUCCCGCCUGCCUGAGCAUCGAGAUACCGACCGGGCAUGGGAGCAGAUCGACGCUGCUUUCCAACGGUAUAACAACGAUGAGGUAUCGAUGGCAAAGGUACCCGCGUGGCACUCGAUCGAGACGCUGUGCGACCAGGCGAUGCUUCAGCACCCUAAUCAAAAACACGAGGGUCGUUCAUAUAUUAAGCGCAUGCACACGGCGAGGCCGGUUGCAGGCGCAGAAAUGCACAAGAUGUCAGGGAUGCCUUGCGGGGGGGUCUAUGGUAUCGAGAUGUACGACCAGAGCCUUCGGAAGCAUGGUUUAGACGAGAUGGCUUCAGCCGAAGCGACGAUUAGCAUGGGAUUUUCGGAUAGCGAUAUUGACGCCGUGUUUUUUAAUGUGAAUGGGGAGGAUGAGUAUUUGUCUAUUGAUAUCUGAUCGGUCUGGGCGGGCGCAAAAGUUUAGGAGGUAUACAUGCGUCGAAUUAGAAGUUAAUGUCAAGCUUCCGCCGUCCUUGCAAGUCAAGUUCAGUAUUGUUUACGCAAUACGCCACCACCAUAUUAUCUG